AUGGAACGGGGCGCGGGCGGCGGUGGGGGCGCCUCGGGAUAUAAUAUUGCUGCUGGUCUCUGGCUUGGGCUCGGAUUUGCAGUAUGCCUCGAGAAUAAAAAAAACAAAAAGAAGGGCGGAACAAGCGGCAAGAAAUCAGGGGGCUGGGUGGGCACUUUACCAGAGGGAGCUUGCGGAAGGAAUCACAAUGGCGUGAGGCUGGCGCAGGUUUAUGAGGAGACAGUUUAUGAGGAGACAGGUUUAUGGGAUACAGUUUAUGGGAUACAGCUUUAUGGAAUACAGCUUUAUGGGAUUCAGGUUUAUGGGAUACAGGUUUAUGAGGAUACUGGUUUAUGGGAUACAGUUUAUGGGAUACAGCUUUAUGGGAUUCAGGUUUAUGGGAUACAGAUUUAUGAGGAUACUGGUUUAUGGGAUACUGGUUUAUGGAAUACAGCUUUAUGGGAUUCAGGUUUAUGGAAUACAGAUUUAUGGGAUUCAGGUUUAUGGAAUACAGAUUUAUGA